GCGCGUGAAGGCAGAAGCGUCCGACUCGGAGCGGAGGGAGACCGGAGGAGCUCACACUGGUGUUGUUGUAGCACUAAAUACAUUCGCUGCAUUUUCUCACACUGCAACCUCUGGAUUUAAAACACCGCAGCUUCCUAUUUGCUGACCAGGAGGACAGGACCGAACAGAGAGGGAUAUUAACAGGCUUUUUUUCCCCACGCUGCGAGAAGUUUGUCCGCGGAGUUUGGAGAGGAGUUUCGGGGUGGGCUGACUGAGCUAGCCUGGCUGCCCGCUGCGCGUCCCUCCUGCCCCGGCCAGCCAGCCAUAAGUUAGCCCGCUGUCCUGCUCCGCUUCCAGCUGUGUGGUGAAUCAUGGCGCUCAGAGCCAAAGCGCUGUACGACUUCAACUCUGAGAACCCAGGAGAGGUGUCGGUGAGGGAGAAUGAGAUCCUAACUUUGUACAGCGAGCAGGACAUUGAUGGCUGGUUUGAGGGGGCGAACAGCAAAGGGGAGAGGGGACUGUUCCCCGCGUCCUACGUGGAGAUCCUGAGGAACGACGCCGCCUCUACGCUCAACAACAACAGCUGCAGCACAUCUGGGGACACUUACCCGGACUCCCGAUACGCCAACAUCCCAGCCGGAGGUUUUGACGGCUCACAGAGUAAAGUUGAGAACUUUUCCAAACCGUCUGCGCCUAGUUUGUCCACUUUCUCAGCCCCCACACAACCACCACCACCACAGCAGCACACUUACCAGCAGGUCAGCCAGGGGAGCGAUGAUGACUGGGAUGAUGACUGGGAUGACAGCUCGACUGUUGCAGACGAGCCAGGGACUGUGGGAGGAAGGUAUCAUGACUUUGAAGGCAACGGGCCAUCCACAUAUAGAGUGUCAACAUCCUCAAUGGCAAGAGGUAAUGCACAGCAUGCAAAGAGCUCUGCCACAGUCAGUAGGAACCUGAACCGCUUCUCAACCUUUGUGAAGUCAGGAGGAGAGGCGUUUGUGCUCGGGGAGGCCUCAGGGUUUGUGAAGGAUGGAGAUAAGCUGUGUGUGGUGAUGGGUCAGUAUGGCCCUGAGUGGCAGGAGAACCCGUAUCCCUUCUCUUGCACAAUCGAUGACCCCACAAAACAGACCAAGUUCAAGGGCAUGAAAAGCUACAUCGCCUAUAAGCUGACACCCACCCACACGCAGAACCAGGUGAACAGGAGGUAUAAGCACUUUGACUGGCUGUACGCUCGGCUGGUGGAGAAGUUUCCCGUCAUCUCAGUGCCACACAUCCCGGAGAAGCAGGCCACAGGGCGCUUCGAGGAGGACUUCAUCUCCAAGAGGAGGAAAGGCCUCAUAUGGUGGAUGAACCACAUGACCAGCCACCCAGUCCUGGCCAGGUGUGAUGUGUUCCAGCACUUCCUCACCUGCAGCAGCACAGACGAGAAGGCCUGGAAGCAGGGGAAGAGGAAGGCAGAGAAGGACGAGAUGGUUGGAGCCAACUUUUUCCUCACCAUCAGCACCCCUGCGGCUCCGCUGGACUUCCAGGAGGUGGAGAGCAAAAUAGACGGGUUCAAGUCUUUCACCAAAAGAAUGGACGACAGCACCUUGCAGCUCAACGCCACGGUCAGUGAGUUUGCCCGCAAGCAGAUCGGUGGCUUUAAGAAGGAGUAUCAGAAAGUGGGGCUGUCAUUCAAGGUCCUGAGCCAGGCUUUUGAAAUGGACCAGCAGCCGUACUCUGCUGGACUCAACCAGGCUAUCUCCUUCACCGGGGAGGCGUAUGAAGCCAUCGGAGAGUAUUUUGCUGAGCAGCCCAGCAAGGAUCUGGACCCGAUCAUGGAUUUGUUAGCUCUUUACCAAGGACACCUGGCAAACUAUCCAGACAUCAUCCAUGUCCAGAAAGGAGCCCUGACGAAGGUGAAAGAGAGCCAGAAGCAUGUGGAGGAGGGCAAGAUGGACCGGGUGCAGGCGGAGGGCAUCGACGAGCGCUGCAACAUCAUCUCCUGCGCCACGCUGGCUGAGAUCCAGCACUUCCACCAGAUCCGCGUGCGCGACUUCAAGGCGCAGAUGCAGCACUACCUACAGCAGCAGAUUGCCUUCUUCCAAAAGAUCACAGGCAAGCUGGAGGAGGCUCUGCAGAAGUACGACAACGCAUAACAGACCGUUUGUUUCAGCCUGUCGGUUUAGACCUUGGUGAUCAAUGACACGUGCACCACCCUCGGCGCGCCGGUGGAGUUUUGGCAAACCGCAGCCAGUGCCGCAUACUGGCGAAUGCUGUCCAAACCAGCAGGGAGGGGCGUUCAAGGAGAUGGCGGUCUGGUGAUAAUGACAUUUCAACCAAAUCCAGGUUUCUGUGUGUGUUGGCCACAUUUUUUGGGGGGUACUGGAUGUUCUUGUGUAAGAAAGGAUGUGUAAUUUAAAGAUACGCCGACUUGUAAUACAAACAGUCUUAUAGAUUUAAUGAGAAUUAAUGAUGAUGAUGAUGGUGCGCCACUUGGUCUGGUGGGUGGGAGAAUUAAAUCUAAUUAAUGUGAUGACCCGCAGAGAGAGAGCCUUGUAUCUGCUGCUGCAUAUACCCGGUGCAAGAUUUCAAAUAUCAGAUGUUUUUAGCCUUACAACACUGUUUUUAACUGACUGUUUAUAAGUGACCGUCACUCCAGGGGCUGCAACGCUCCAGUGGCUAACACACUGCCUUCUGGAAACACUCAAGCCCUUCCUGGUAUCUCUCUCCUCGGACAAACAGGACGAAAUGUUUACAGUUCUCCUCGCUGAGCAGCCACUGUCACCACUGUUUCGCUGUGCCUUCUGAUUACGUCUCUCUGGUCAUUUUUGUUACUAGUCACUAAAAAGCUUUAUAUUCUGUAUAUGUAGAAAUAUAUUCUAUUUGUUUUUACAAAGCUACAAAUUUUGCAGUCUUUGAAAGAAAAAAGAUCACUGUGCUUUGAACAAGGGCAGUGUCUUUGAUUGGAGAUAAUACUGUUUGAUUGUUUUUCCCCCUCCAUUGGCUCUGGGAUUGAUUUUCAACACGCACAGUGUGAAAAAAAUCAGGAUAGAGAGGAUUACCUGCGUAGACAAUAGGAACCCAUGCCUUACACGGGGCACAGCCAGCACUGGUGCUGAUUUAAGUGUGCAGAAUUUAAGGGAUGAGUAUGUUGGUCACUUGCUAUGCCGGAUAAUUUGUGUCGACAAAAUGUUGGUUUUCAGGCUUAGUUUUGGGAUAGUGUUCAGAGGCAGGCUGUUAGAGGGUUGAGAGCUCCUCAACUGUUUUAAUAAUGCAGUCUUUUUAAUAGCACACUUCUAGACAGUUCGACUGUACUGCUGUUUUUAACCUUUAUGAUGUUGGUUGCAUCAUGAAGAGAUUAAUAUAGAAGCAGAGACACAAAAUAAAUUCCUCCUUCAAAGAAA